AUGUUCAGAAACAAUUACGAUGGUGAUACGGUCACCUUUUCCCCCACAGGCAGGCUGUUCCAGGUAGAAUACGCUUUGGAGGCGAUCAAACAGGGGAGCGUCACGGUGGGUCUGAGAUCCAAGAGACACGCAGUGCUGGUCGCGCUCAAGCGGAACGCAGACGAGCUUUCGUCGUAUCAGAAGAAGAUCAUCAAGUGCGAUGAACAUAUGGGGUUGUCGCUGGCGGGUUUGGCACCCGAUGCGCGUGUACUGAGCAACUAUCUGAGACAGCAGUGCAAUUAUUCUAGCCUGGUGUUCAACAGAAAGCUUUCCGUCGAGAGAGCAGGACAUCUUCUCUGUGACAAGGCGCAGAAAAACACGCAAUCUUACGGGGGCAGGCCUUACGGGGUGGGCCUGUUGAUCAUAGGGUAUGACAGGAGUGGCGCCCAUCUUUUGGAGUUCCAGCCUUCAGGUAAUACGUUGGAACUGUAUGGUUCUGCGAUUGGAGCCCGUUCUCAAGGCGCUAAGACGUAUUUGGAGAGAACACUAGACGAGUUUUUGGAGAUAGAAGAUCCACAGGAGCUGAUCAAGCAGGGCGUCGAAGCUUUGAGACAGUCCUUGAAGGACGAGACUCUAACCAUCAAUAACCUGUCUAUCGCCAUUGUGGGGGAGAACAUGCCUUUCACGCAGUACGAUGGUGAUGCUGUGUCACCUUACCUAUAG